AUGCCGCAGCACCGCGUGCCGCGCUCCCCUACAGACGAGCACCCCUGCGCGUCGCGUCCAGCCGCGAGCCCGCCCGCGCCCGAACACGUCCCGUCAAAAAAAAAACAUCCUCACGAACACGUCGCUGCCCUCUGCCCUCUCGCGACCACGCCGUCGGGGCAGUUUUGGCCACCGCCCCACACCUCGCCCCGCCUCUUCCCCAGAUCCUCCCCGCCAGCCACCGCCCUCGACCCGUGCCUCCGUUUGCACGCGCCGCCGGACCGCCGCGCCCACGCUCCAGGUGCUCGGGCCGCCCUGUCCACGCGCCGCCCGGGCCGCCGCGCCCACUCGCCGCCCAGACACAGGCGCCGAACCUCCACGCUGCAGAUGUAUUGGAGACGGCAGGCAGCGGCAGCAGGCUCAGAUGCGCACUUCUCUGGAAGUCCAGGCAGCCGGCAGCAUGCAGCCAAGACCCAAGACGAUGGGCUAGGUGCUUCAUCUCCCGCCCCGCGCAGAUUGACCUCUAUGGCCCGAUAUCUCCAAAUACAGCUCAAACACACGAAUGAGUUGAUGCUGCCUCAUCCCACGUUGGUGCAGUCUACUCUUUGGUUGGUGUCGAGCUACAGUUCCGAUGCCUUGCUGCUCAGGUCGGGAAAAGGCACGGGUAGUGCACACACUGUCGUUUGUUGCUGGGAUCAACACGCUCCUGUGGUGAAUUUAUGGCUUCUAUCUCGCAUGGAUGCCUAGGUGGCUGUUGCUGUCGCCUUCAUGCGCGAGAGCUGGUUUGUCGCCGAGGUCGCCAGGCAGAAGUGUCCUUUUCUGCUUCGAGCUGCUUUGACCGGUGGCACACUUCAGGGACAAUGCUCUCACCAUGGACAGCACAGUCGUGGGACUCGUGGUCGCUGGCGGAAAGGUGGAGCAAGAGGUCUCUGAAACUGCAGCAGAACGAGUCUGUAGAGACGAUGUUGAAUUUUAUCUAGGUUUUUUCAUUUGUUUUGAACCAUCCAGGAGAG